AGCGUCAUGCCUCUGCCCCGACGCCGCUCAUCCUUCCUGGGACAGCCGUCCUCUGACCGCCCGGCUGCUGCCUCCUGUGGGAGGAUCAGCUCGGCUGGGGCCACCGCCCCCCGCGGCGUCUUCGUCGGCUCUGCCCCCCUGGCGGGCGGGGCAUCCGGCCUGGGGACGCGGGUGUCCAGACGAGCUCUGGGCAUCAGCAGCGUGUUCCUGCAGGGAAUGAGGAGCAGCGCCGCCCCGGUCCUCCCCCGGACCGGAGAGCGAGCGGCCGGUCCCGGAGCGGCGGCCGGACUGAACAGCUGCCUGAUGGAAUACAGAGACAAAGUGAGAGCGCUGGAACAACUGAACCAACAACUGGAGGAACAGAUCAGACUCUGUCUGGACAGGAAGGCCUCCAGCGCCGGGGCCUGGGGUCCACUGAGGAGGGAGUGGGAGGAGGUCUACAGACAGGUCAGUGAAGCCAUCCUGGACAACGCUCGCCUGAUGCUGCAGACAGAGAACGUCCAGGCCAAUGCCGAGGACUUCAAGGACAGGUACGAGAACGAGCAGCCGUUCAGGAGGGCCGUGGAGGAGGAGAUCAGCUCUCUGUACAAAGUGAUCGACGACGCCAACCUGAUGAAGGCGGAGCUAGAGGAGCAGAUGGAGAACAUGAGAGCGGAGCUACGAAACCUGGAGCACAACCACGAGCAGGACGUUCGGGUCCUCUACAGUCAGAUGGCGGGACGCGAGGUGGACGAACCUGAUGCUCCCAUAGAGACCAGUCUGGACCAAAUCCUGGCCUACAUCAGGACCCACUGGGAGAAGGUGACGGAGAGGAACCGAGCCGAGACCGACAGCUACCAGCUGGAAUGUAAGGAGGCGCAGUGCAUGAGCAGCAGGCUGAGUCCUGAGGAGGAGCAGGUGGAGACGCUGAAGGCCGAGUGCAAUGACACUGGCUGCAAGAUCCAGAGUCUGCAUGCCGAGACAGAGUCCAUCAGAGCGCUGAAGCGUGGUCUGGAGAACUCUCUGAGUGACGCCCGUCACUGGCACGACAUGGAGCUUCAGAACCUGGGCUCUGUGGUGGCGAAGCUGGAGGCGGAGCUCGCCGACGUCCGCGGAGAGAUCGAGCAGCAGCGCCGCGACUACGACACGUUGCUAAGCAACAAACAGCGACUGGAGCAGGAGAUCGGACUGUACCAUGGCAUCCUGGACGGGGAGGAGAGCCGCUUCCAGCCCACCGAGACGCUGUGUUCGGGUGUGCACUCAGAGCCUGAGGGAGCUGCCACUGCCCCCGCUGCUCUAGACUCCAGGACUGACACUCCAGGAACUCCAGGAUCUCCAGCACAGUGAUCCCUGUGGAGGCUGAGAGGACUCAGGUCCAGCAGGUCUCUGUGGUUUUGGACUCUGCAAGAGGAUUUCUACCUGGUGAGGUGUGCAGGUGUGAACGAUGCAGAGAACCUGAGGCAGCAAGGCGUUUACUGCCCAUCAAACACACCACUGUGACUGUAAUGUGCAGGAGAGACCACCAGAGGUCCUCGUAAACCUGCUCCCCAGAACACCUGAGUACCCUACCUGGACUGGGCUCAGAUUCAGACUGCAGGGUGCUCUGGGGUUCUGGAUUAGUCUGGGUUCUGUUUGGUCGAGAUUCACUAAGAUUCUGUCAAAAUCCGGAAUAAAGACUCUGGGACCAGAGUCCAGACUGAUUAAAACCAGACACCACCAGAGGUCCUCAUAAACCUGUUCCCAGGACUGGUCCUGGCGACCUGGACGAGGCUCAGAUCCAGACUGUCAGGUGUUCUCAGGUUCUGAUUGGACCCAACAAAUCAACUGUUUCAGUGUUUUUAACCUGGAAGAGACGUCAGACAUCAAACUGCGACUUUAUGAUGUCAUCGCUGAUUUAAAGAGACAGUGACGUUUUUAUUUUCAGCUCCACGGAUCCUCCGACGGUUCAGAGUUUUAGUUUGGUCAAAGCUUCUGUUUGGUUUGAAUUCACGCUCACGCUGAGUCAGUGCCAAGUCUCCUGAGACUCGACGCAGAGCAGUUUGUUUCUUCUCCAGGUUAAAAACACCUGAGUUAACAACAAACACAUCGACCUUAAUAUCAAACACUAACGCCUACGUUUCCCAUAAUUCAGCUGGAUGCGCCUCUCAUGGUGCUGCGUUCAGGUCCUGUGUGAUGAACAUUGACGAUAAACAACAUGUCCGUUAAAUGUGGUCGAUGACAUCACAGCAUCCAGGUGCUCAGGUGUAACGAUGACGACUUGGAGGUCGAGGUGAACAUGUCGUUUACGAGUCAGAAACUGACCUGAAUGCAGCAUCAGGGACAUGUUCACUGGAUUUACCUGAGACACCAACACAUCGACACACCUGGGAGACAUGAGGUGGUCACAUGACCAGUUCAGGACUUGGUUGGUGGAGUUGACAAGGAUCACCUGAAUGCACCGUCACCGACUCACAAAGGAUUGUGGGACACUGAGUCCUCUUCAAGUUUCAAACAAGCAACAUGGAGGUGAAAAAUCCAACACACCCUGAGGAGCCGGGCUCAGGUGUGAUCCAUCACAGCAGGUGUCAAUGAGUCGGUGUUAUUUAGAUUUUCUGAUGAAUAAAGUGAAUUAUUGUGACAUUUU